AGCUAUAACAACAAAAUAUUAAUUAUUCUGACAUAAAAUACCAGUUCAGAAAGGCAGUAAUAUAUAAGCCGUUUUGUUUGUUACUUUCCUGACAAGGUCCUGACAGCAGGGGCGGAGUGAGACCAAAAAAUCUACCGGGAAAUUUCGUAGACCACCGGCUUUUAGUCACAGCACACAAACUGAUGUUGUGUUAAUCUCUAUACAACUUUACUGGAGAUCACAACACUCUCAGAUUGUUGUUGUGUUGUUAUUUCAGACAUCUGAACUGUUGAAGAAAAUGUUUCUCGUGUUUGCUUUUCUCACUUUCUGCUUCACUUCUCUGCUUGUGGCGGAGCCAGGGAUUUUUCAUGGGUGGCCAGGCAGGGGCCAGCAGUAACUCUGGGGUGGCACAUAAAAUCUCUAUCAUCCAACCUUAAAAUACUUUUAAGUAUUAUAGGUGAUGAAGUGAAGUCAGUGUCAGUGAUGGAGGGAGAUUCUGUUACUCUACACACUGAUAUUACUGAAAUACAGAGCGCUUAUAUGAUACUGUGGAGGUUUGAAAUUCAUGGGACUCUCAUAGCUAAAAUCAAUAAAGACACCAAUAAGAUCUCAAUAUAUGAUGAUGUUUUUGAUGGGAGAUUCAGAGAAAAAUGCAGGUGAAUAAUCAGACUGGAGAUCUCACCAUCACAAACAUCACAUCUCAACACAAUGGAGUUUAUAAAAUAAUCAUCAGCGGCAGACAGGAGACCUCACACACAUUCAAUGUUACUGUCUACGCUCGUCUGCCCAUUCCUCUCAUCUCUAGUUACUGUCCUCAAAACUCUUCAUCAAUCUCAAACUGUUUAUUAUUGUGUUCAGUGUUGAAUAUGAGAGAUGUGAGUCUGUCCUGGUACAAAGGAAACAGUUUAUUGUCCAUCAUCAGUGUGUCUGAUCUCAACAUCAGACUCUCUCUACCUCUGGAGGUUGAAUAUCAGGAUACAAACACAUACAGAUGUGUACUCAACAAUCCCAUCACAAACCAAACUCAACAUCUUAACAUCACUCAUCUCUGUCAGACGUGUUCAGAUACAACAGCUCUCACCUUCAUUCUGCUGCGUUGUGUUUUUGAUGGAUGUCUGAUGAUUAAAGUGUCAGUUCUGAUCUUCUUGAUCUACAGGAAACACAGAAACACACAGCAACAGGUUCAAACCAGAGAAGAGGAAAUCACAUAUACAGAUCCAACAUUCUAUAAAAGAGCAGCAAAUAAACCGGUGCACCUGUUUGAGGUCGUAAGCUGCAUAAAGACACCUGUCCACCCCAUACAAUCAGUUAGAAUCCACCUACUAACAUGGACAAGACCAAAGAGCUGUCCAAAGACACUAGAGACAAAAUUGUAUACCUCCACAAGGCUGGAAAGGGCUACGGGGAAAUUCCUAAGCAGCUUGGUGAAAAAAGGUCCACUGUUGGAGCAAUCAUUAGAAAAUGGAAGAAGCUAUGACUGUCAAUCUCCCUCAGACUGGGGCUCCAUGCAAGAUCUUACAUCAUAGGGUCUCAAUGAUUCUAAGAAAGGGAUCUGCAGUAGAGGAUGAUGUGGUGUAUACAUGAGUCAAGAGACGAUAAACAAACUCUCUGUGAUUCUCAGAUCAACAUUCAGCUGUUUAAUCAUCUUCACUUUCGGUUAUAACUUUACAUAAAGCGCUUAUUACAUUUAAAAUGUCUGUGUUCUCUCUCACUUCAAGAUUUGUUGCUUCUCCAUUGAAUUCUCAAGCAUAAUACACGCUAACAACAGCUAUAAUGCAAGCAUACAUCAACAAUAUUUCACCACGUUUUAAAUAAUGCAUUAUCAGAAACAACUUAAGUAUUUGAUUUCAAACCAUGUCUAUUUUUUAUUUUUCUAACUGAAUGCAUCUGACACUUUAACAGCUUCAUUCAGGUUCAAGUGAUGCCUGAUGUGGAAAGAAAUGUGGUUUUGUUAUACUGGUGGACGUGAAAUGUGCGUUUUUAUUUAACUGUUUGUGGUUAAUGUGUAUAUGUGUGUGCAUGUGAGAGGCAUGAACAGUGUGUUUCUGUAAAUACUGUGUGACUUUUUUGAUGUACACAAAGCAUUUGA